UAAGAAUUCUAGCUUAAUUUCGCGCUUCCAACAGGUAUGCCGCUCAUUUUUGCAAACUUGGAAGGCAAAACCAAGGCACUACCUUUAAACCUUGCAGAUUUUUCUUGGAAAUAACGCGUCCGUAGAACGUGUCUUAGCUCUUUGACUUUGGUGAUAAAGAGGCGGUUGCUGUGGCACACAAGGCAUGCCAGUGAAAGCCCAAGAUUAAGACAGUCGAUUACUUUACGCGUCAUGUUGCUUUCUGAGGGUUACUGUGAAGACCUAAAAGGUGCCAUCAACUGUAAUGCAUCCCACGAAGUGCAGCGAGUAUGUGGAUAUCCCAGAGUGGGUCAUCAUCCACGAACUGUACGAGGGCGAAAAUUCUCACGAAGCCUUCGAAUCGGACCUCGAUCGUGCUCUGGAAGCACGGCCGGCAGCCAUCAUAGUAGAACCUCGUCGGCUCGGUGAAGAGACAGCCCGUUGGAUCGCUCUAGGAAACUGUCUCCACCAGACUUCCGUCCUGUCUGGACUUGGCUCCCUGGCGGCCACUUUACUGCUCAGCCCACCCGCUCCAAAUCCGGCCUCUAUUCACACCUUGCUAAUAAUCUCCACUCCCCUGGCUGCAGUUGGAACUCUCUGUGCUGGACUGUACUCUGUAUCGUGGGCCACAGACCCAUGCAUCCACUACCAAGUAGAGACGGACACCCAAGUGCUCUCACGACUGCCCUUGUCGGAGCUUGCAAACGCGCACCCAUUGGUUCUUGUCCGUAAGGACGACAAGAAGAAGCGAGCGGCACACAUUGUGACGACAGCUCUCGCCGUUGGAGCCGUCGUAUGGAAGUUGUAUCGAGCGGUGAAAGAAGGGGUGGACGUUGAAAGUUAGUUAGCCCGCGCAGAAAUGUACAUAAAUAUGCUUCUUUCUAGGUACUUGCAAGGUUAUAUACUGUAUAUCUGUACAUGAGAGCUAAUUAUGUAAAGUAAUAUCGAGAAAGAGUGGUUGUUUUAUGAAUGUGUGCCAAAAAUGUGAGUGGAAUGGAUUGUGGAACAGUAAAUGCAACCAAGGUUUUUUUUUAAUACAAAGUCUGUUUCUCGAAUGUA